CAACAAUUUGUUGCAAAAGUAAUCAUGGUUAACGAAUUACAUUUGAAUUUUUUAAAAUUCUUUGUCAUCUUUGGCCUAGCGCCAUACACGAGAAGGAGGCAAAAUCAGCAACGAAGAAGGCGGCGGCAGUGUCAGUGCCGAAGUCAGUGCCAGCACCUCUCUCAUACUUAUCCGCAUAAUGUCAAUUAUCACAACAAGCAGCAUUAUUUCGUUCAUCAUCAUCAUGAUGAUAAUGAUGAUGUACUUCGCGGUGGCCCCAAUCACCAUUUGCGUUGGCAACAAAUUUACACGGGGGCGUUAAUUAUUCUCAAUCUGUUGCUAACCUUGUACGGUGUGGUCGUUAUGCCCUUUGAAGACAAGACAGUAAUAUCGGAUUUGGUUAGCGUCAUUGUUUUUGUAAUACAAAUGACAGUGAUAUUUGUUGUACUCAUAGAGACGGCACUGUCAUAUGGCGAACAUUAUAGAUUCAUUGAAAAUAUCCACAGGAUACAGAGUCUAAUGCAACGGCUGUUACAGACCCAACUCUGCUCGGUGACGUUACGUCAACGCCAGAGGCGUAAAUAUUUUCUUUUCAUUGCCGUGGUCUAUGGCAGUUUAUUGCUCGUCAUGUUGGUGAUAUUUUUCGUCCAUUAUUAUGGCUAUUUUUGGCAUGCCAUAUUGGCGGUCUUGAUCAUACGGACCCGUUGCCUACAAAUGCUGGUGGCCCUAGAUUACAUCUGUUUUUAUCUGGAGUUGAUGAAUCGCAAACUGCAGGCCUUGAUUUCAUGUAAAAAUUCCCAAAAUUAUCAUUGCCUCGAUGUGAAUUACGAACAUUUGGAAUCCUACGAGUAUUUGGAGAAUUUCAAAUUGAUCUAUGAUGAGAUUUACAUUUUGCAUUCAAUCUAUAAUCGAAUAUUUGGGGUGUCGUUGGUAGGCAUCUUAACUGUCAUUGUAUUGGAUAUAAUAAUCCACGUCUAUUGGUCGCUGCUGACCACAAUGGGUUAUUAUGAGAGUUAUUUUAUUGUCAUCACCGGAGCAACACUUCUACCGCUCACGACCAUUUUUGUUGUACUCUGCGCCACGGGAGACCAGUGUGAGAAAGAGCCAGUUUGGGUUGUGGAAAAUUCCAAGUUGACUCUAUAG